CAUGUAUCAAAUAUAGCUGGGUUUAUUUCUAGCUUGUCAGAGAGUUUUUAUCUUUGACACUCUUUUUUUUAGAAUUAGCCAGAAGUGAACUUGCAUCGCCGAAAAUGACAGAAGAAAGCUGUUCCAAUAGACAUUUGAACGAUAACUGUUCGUCCGCCUCGACAUUGGACGCUUUUGUAAGCGAUAAAUGUGUUAAUUUUUUUUACUAUUGCAUGUAGUUUUUUGAUAAAUAACAUUGGGUCAUGUUAACUUAUUCUCUUUUAUACUAAUAUUUCACAGUUUAGGUGGGUUUAUGUAUAUUUUCCAAACGCUUUAUCAGUCUUUCAGUUUGUGUGUGAAUUCGUUCGUAUUUAAAAUGCGUAGUUUCACUUUCGACUUGUAGUCUUCAAGUUUCCUUUCGUAUUUUGCCUUGAAGUUCGAAGCUUUUUCACUGUCAAAACACAUUCCAAUACACGAUGUGAUAAAACCUUGAUCGUACUUAUCGCAUCAGAUUGAAAACUAAUAUUUUUUAUUUGUACUGCGAAAGUGCGAUAUAUUGUCAUUGAGUACUGUGUACUAGCUGUGUAAUUGAGUACUGUGUCUGUAAGGAUAUGUGUAUUUUCUUUUAAUAGCCCAUUUCGCUCAGUACCUAUUUCGGCAGCUGUGGAAUGUUUUUAAAACAGUAUUUACAAAUUGGAAUAGGAAAAAGUCAUUUUGUUGAUCAAGGCCAAGGGACUUUCCCUUUAAACCUGUUAAACCUGCUGCACAGCGCACACUUUAAUACAAAGGUCAAAGGGACUUCCCUUUAAACCUGUUAAACCCGUUCUGAAUCUGCCCCAUGUAAGCCUGUCAGAUUUUUCAAAGAAAGAGGAAAUCUAUAACCUGCCAUCAUGUAUAAUCAUUACCUUAUUGAGAAUACUCUGUUUAAUUUCAUAAAAUUAUCUAACAUUUAUUACUAUGGCUAUGUACUUGUAUGUACCUUGGAUGAUUUUCAACAUGGGUUAAAUUAAAAUACCUUGUUACCAAUACCAUUUUAAUCAUGUUUACAUCAACUCGGGUUGUCAGUAACAGUACGCAUUAGUUUUGGCAUGUACUAAAAGGCGAAACGUCGAAACGAAACCUGACCGAAACAAAACAGCUGAAACCACCGAAACGACUGAAAUGAAAUGGCCAAAAAGAAACAGCCAAAACGAAACAACAGCCGAAACCAUUUAAAAUUACAGGAAAAAUGGAAUGCAAAAAUUUUGUGGUGUGCGGGCAACCCAGAGGACUUUGACUACAUUAGCACAGAAUACUAACCUAUAUUCAGAAAGACAUCUCUGUUGUUUUUUUUUUCUAUUCAUCAUCAAUCCGCUCUUCAGCAAGUGCCCCCCCCCCCCUGGAAAUACCCAAAAAGGUGGUGACGUCAGGGGGUGAUUGCUUCUGUUUAGGGUUACACUUGCUGUGGGGCAGAUCGAUGAUGAAAAACACAAUAGAGAUUAACUUCUAAACCAGCAGAAAGGAGGGACCACUUGCGGUCGUAGAAUAGGUUAGUAUUCUGUGCUAAUGUAGUAUUGCAUUUUCCAUUUUCGGUGGUUUUGGCCGUUUCAUUUUGGAGGUUUUGGCUGUUUCGAUGUUGUCGUUUUGACGUUUUGCCUUUUAGUACAUGCCAUUUGUUUUCAACUUGGGUCAGCUUGCAUGAGCCUGCACCCCCCCCCUCCCCCAAUGAGCCUGCAAUCCGGGUUGACAUUCAUUUGAGGUUCUGAAUGUGUUGGUGAUUAAUAUACUUAAACUUAUGUUGUCUUUGAAUGUUUAGCAUGUAAUUUAUUACAAAUUUCACCAUUAAAACUUUGUUUUGAGAAGCUGAAUUUUUUUUAAUGUGUUCUCAGAAUGCAGGAAAUGCUAUUUCAGAGACCCAAAUUUUAAACAUUUCCUGGGGGGGUAUGCCCCCAGACCCCCAUAGCUAACUGAUUUAUGCACUAUCCUGGGGGGAGGAGAGAAUGGGCUUGUUGGCAGUUUUGCCCCACCACUGAAGAAUCCUUCAAACACUCAUUAAUAAUUCAUAAGCUUAUUGGCAAAUCAUGUCAACCAUAAUAUGUCUGACAAAACACUCCUAAUUAGUAUUCCUGAUAAACCUGAUAAAACACUCCUAAUUAGUAUUCUUUAUAAAAAGAAUACUAAUAAGGCAGAAUCUAUUGUAGUCGUGUCCUCAUUAGUACUCUUUAUAUAAAGAAUACUAAACCUAAUAAAACCUCUGCUCGUUUAUUAAACAGUAUACUUCAAAAAUGCACUGGAAAAUCUCUUUAUCGUCAGAACUCUUUAUUCAAACGAGAAAGACGAGGAGAUACUCCAACGUCAGUGUUAUUGCCAACCGCUUGAGUUCCCAGCAAGCUUUAUGAAAUAGAAGAAAAAGCCAAGGAGGCAUCCAACGUAUACAACUGUGCAAACUCGUGUUCAAUGCAAUAUUCAAUGCAAUGGGAACUGUACCAGAUCAUACGAAUCUAUCUGUAUCAAAGCUUGUCAAAACUGCUAUAAACACUGCUAUAACUGAGUGAAACUAUUGAAAUCUAAAGCGACAUUAUUGAAUGCAUGCGAAAUGAAAAUGAUUCAUGAAACACAACGUCAAAGUCAAUGAGACUUGUUGUGAAUUAACAUGUCACAAUUAGGUUAAAAUGCGGAACGGAUAUGGGAAUAAAAUGCGUCAUUUUAAUCAUUUUUUUUGCCUCAUUUUUACGUUUCUGUGUUUUUUAUUUAUAUUUCUUUGCCUUUGUAAUGGACGCAACGUCGUAUUAACUAGUUAUACAGCUAUUUCAAUUGAAGAGUGUCACUGAGACAAUAGUCAAAUGUGCAAUAUGCAUGGGCGCUGAAAGGAUGAUGGGAGUAAUCAUAGUUUUAAAUAAGUAGUUUAGCAUAUCAGUCGCCUCGUGGGGAUACUUUUAGCAACAGCUCCCUAUACAAAUGUAGUUUUAGAAUAUACAAAAUUUGGUUGUUGGUGAAACAAUUUAAAUUUCGAGUUGUCUUUCGAGUUGUCGCGUGUAGCAUCACAAUAAAUAAAUAAAUUGUAUCAGUUCCACGAGGCACGACGUUUCGCCAUAGAAGGGCCUGGAAAGGACUUUGGAAAGUCUACGUUUCUGAUGUGUUAGGCUUGUUUCAAACGUCGCGCUACUCAUGUGCCGAACGCAGUAAAAACAAUAGAUAAUGGUAUUCAACAUUUAAUAAAUGAGUUACGAAGGGAGUGAUAAGGUAUUGUUUAUCUCGUAAAAAGUUCUAACAUGCCUACUCCAUGCAGACUCUUACUGUUAUAGGUUAUCGGCGACCCUAUGCAGUUCUUGUCGUGUCUUUUUCAAUUUCAGUGAAACUUUACACUACACACGUAUGUCACGUAAAAACUCACAAGUUGUAACAAGUUUGCAAACAAGUUGUUACACGUCUGUUCACAAGCUGUCAACAAGUUAUGCUCGCACUGCUUGUUCCCAGUUUGUUGUAACAAGUUUGAAACAAGCUGUUAACAACUUGUAACAAUUAGCUUGAUGGCAUUAUCAGCCUUGUUACAAGAUUGUGCUAACAAGUUUGUUACGGCGUUAUAUAACAAGGAUGUUACAAGAUUGUCAAUACAAGGUUGUAACAAUCUUGUUAUAUCAAGCAUGUCACAGACUUGUCAGAACAACCUUGCAACAAGUCUGAUAAUUUCGACAAGGUUGUUACAAGUUGUCAACAAGUUGUUCCAAACCUGUUGACAACUUGUGACAAGCAGUGCGAAUACAUCUUGUUAACAGCUUGUGAACAGUAAAUAACCUGUGCGUUUUUACGUGUGUACCCUUGGAUCCCUUGUGUUUUGGUGCAAGUUCGGCGCCAUGCGGCAAUCAUGCAAUCUGCCCCUGCUGUCACACUUGCAUGUGGUAUUUGAUAUAUUAGACAAUUCUUUUUUUUUUGCCCUCCCACCCUUUAAUAUUGGUGAGAAAAAUCCAACAAAAAAUAAGCAUGGCCCAAAUUUUAAAUAAAAUUCUUAUAGUCUAUGCUGUGUUGAUUGCUUGUUUAGGAGCCAACAAUGUCGCCAGUGCAGUCAGAAGAUAGAUCAAUGAAGGCCUCAUUAAAGGGCUCUAAAAAUACCGGUAAUACAUUUGUUACAGCCGGAUAUAUUGCCCAUAUGCAAAUUGAUAUCACGAAAGAACAACAACAUAGUGGUUUGGUAAGAAAUAGUUGCAUUUAAUAAUUUGAUAGCAGUUUAAUAUUGCACCCUGAUAUUUACCCACAAAAAGUACUGGAAAUGGAAAUGUCUGACAAAAUGUCCUUUUGUGUAUUUGUGCAAGUAAAUUUGACUAAACAAAUCAGACAAACAAAACAGCUUUUAUUCCUAGCUGCUGCAGAAAUUAUAACUCCAAUGACAAUGUAAGAAUUAAUGUGCAUCGACUCUCAUAUUGACUUUGAACUUGUUCAAAUUUUAACAACAGUUGAUGAGAGUUUUCGCUAUUGCGCGGUGAUAUCCAGUCAACUCUUAUAGUGCAACUCUUGUUCUCGUUUGACCGGGACAUGGGAGUUGCGAAAACUCUCAUGCAAACUCUCAACUCUCAUGCAACUCUUGUUCUCGUUUGACCGGGGCAUGAGAGUUGCGAAAACUCUUAUGCAAGCUCUCGCUUCUCAACCCUCAUGCAACUCUUGUUCUCGUUUGACCGGGGCAUGGAAGUUGCGAAAACUCUCAUGCAAACUCUCAACUCUCAUGUAACUCUUGUUCUCGUUUGACCGGGGCAUGAGAGUUGCGAAAACUCUUAUGCAAGCUCUCGCUUCUCAACUCUCAUGCAACUCUUGUUCUCGUUUGACCGGGGCAUGGAAGUUGCGAAAACUCUCAUGCAAACUCUCAACUCUCAUGCAACUCUUGUUCUCGUUUGACCGGGGCAUGAGAGUUGCGAAAACUCUUAUGCAAACUCUCAACUCUCAUGCAACUCUUGUUCUCGUUUGACCGGGGCAUGAGAGUUGCGAAAACUCUCAUGCAAACUUUUGCUUGCCAACACUCAUCCUUGUUUGACUAGGAUUUUAUGUCCACGGUCAUACGACUUAUGAUGGGACGCCUUUCAGGGUCUGAAACUUGCAGUAUCCCGAUAUCCACACAAUACUAAAAUUUAGUUUUGCAUGGAUAUAGUAUAUACCCAGAAGUGGGAUACUGAAUUCUCAGAUGGGAUAUUAGAACUUUGAAUCCUGGUAUGCCAAUGGGGUACUGAAAAAUAUUUUACCGAUUUCAGACCCUGCCUGUAGUGGAAAAUGAAGAUCAGGAAAGUUGGAUAAAGAAUGAAACUGGAAAAGACAAGAGCUGGUUAAAAUCCCAGGAGGCUAAGGAAGAGUGUAGAAGUUGUGAGGUACAUGUUUCCACAAUAGAUCACUUGCAGUCAAAGCGAAAAAAAGAUAAAGAAAAGAAACGAGAACUGACACAGAAAUGUGACAAUUUACAGAAACAAUGUGAUGAUAGUCGGAAAGAAUGUGAUGAUUUACUUCGGAAGCGUAUUAGUGAUAUUCAUGAAAUGAACACUUUGCAGAAAAAUGUGGUGAGUAAUGUCUUAUUAAGUGCAAGGGUGUAUGCAUGACUACCGUGAGGGUGCACACCCAAUCUUAGUGGCUUACGUGGUGUCUUAAGCAUCCCCCUAGGCUUAGAGAAGUCCAGCGCACCACCCUAAAAAAAUCUGCUUGAUAUACAUUCUCUGCUUUGCAGAACUUCUACUCUUAAACUGAUUUUUUACGAGAGCUCACGAGAAAAUAUUUAGAUAAUGCUUGUGUUAUUAUAUUAUGGUUAAAUGUGUAAACAUGUUGAUCGAUGUUGUCAAUAGGCAUAUUUUUACUGUACUUUAACAAGCAAAUUUACUGCACUGUGCUACAGCAACUAGCUGUCCAGUCAUUCGUGUAUAUAUGUUGAUAAAAAGCCAAUAUAAUUACUUUAUAAACAAAAGAUAAUGUACAGCACUUUCCUUGCGACAGUUAAACUUCUAGUGUAAAACGUAACAGAACGGAACAAGCAGAUUCAUCCAUGACCUUAAAACACCUACAAAUUAUCAACGCUCUGUUUGCUAUUGUCCUUUAAGCUAAGAAUUAAAAUGUUUCAGGCACACUACAGAUAUAAUGUUUAACUACGUUAAUUGUCAUAGGUGAGUUGCUUGAUUUACAUAUUUAUGUACAGCUCAAGUUGUAAGUAGGUUGCAUGCGUGUCACAGUUUAACAAAAGUUGUGUAUAAAUCGGCCUUUAUAUUUUCUUCAUUGUAAUAACAAGACUCUGGAAGAAAGCCUCCAUCAUGACAAGACAGCAUUGCAGUUAAAGAUAAAUGGCUUAGAGACGGAGAACAGUUCCCUAGUAAAAAAGAUGGAUGAGCUUAAACAACAGGUAGAUCUUAGGAAUCUUAAGGGUUAUAAUUUAAUUGUUUAAUGGUGCUUUUAUUUCUAAACACUUAACAGGAUAAAGUUGUGCAGUUAAUUGUCUUUAUUGCCUGCAUUUUAUAGUUUAAGAUCGUGGAAGAAAACCAAUGUCGUGAUCGAGAAGAAGAAAAGAAAGCACUGAUGGAAAAGUUACAGGAUAUCCAGGCCCAAGCUGAAAGGAUACCUGAUCUUGAACAAAAGGUAAACCUCAUUAUGGUCUCCUCACCCUAGAAAUGCUCUGGUUAAAAUUUUCUGGUUAACUCAGCCAUCAGUGCACCCGGAUCUACCUUAUUUUUUUGGGUUUCAGAGUGAGUAGACCGCCUCUCUAACCAUUGAGCUAUUGAGUCAAUGAGGAUCAUUAGCGAGUCUUAUCCAAUGAAACUUAGUUUUUUUAUAUUUCUAAAAACCAGCAUCGUGAUCGAGAAGAAGAAAAGAAAUCACUGAUGGAAAAGUUACAGGAUUUCCAGGCCCAAGCUGAAAGGAUACCUGAUCUUGAACAAAAGGUAAACCUUAUUAUGGUCUCCUCACCCUAGAAAUGCUCUGGUUAAAAUUUGCUGGUUAACUCGGCCAUCAAUGCACCCGGAUCUACCUUAUUUUGGGGGGUUUCAGAGUGAGUAGACCGCCUCUCUAACCAUUGAGCUAUUGAAUCAACGGAGAUUGGUAGCGAGUCUUAUCCAAUGAAGCUAGUUUUUUAGCUAUAUCUCUGAGGAUGGUUCUGAAAUAUAAUUGAACCACUGCGCGUCCUAUACAAGACAAGCGCCGUUAAGUCGUCGCGAAAACAUUUUGUGCAAAUGAAUAAGACUCGGUACCAAUCCCCGUUGACUCAAAAGCUUAUGGGUAGAGCGACGGUCUAGCAACCUAAAGAUGAGGGUUCGAAUCCCGCUCGAAACAAUGAAUUUUUCGUUGUACUCUGCAAUUUCGGAAUAAAUAUGAAAGUAGUUUGUCAAAGUUUUUUCAAGAUUCCCUAAUGAGCCUUUGAGUCAGCCAAUUAUUUGAGUGGCGUCCUUCACAAUCCAACUCUCAGGAAAGUAAAGAUGAAUAGUUCGUUUUGUUUUUAUUGUAUGUUCUCUAAUAUAGUACAAGGAUUCUAAAGAAGGCAUGAUGGCAUUGCAAGAACAAGUAAAUGGCGUAAUGAAAGGAAAUGACGAUUUGACACGUGAAAAGAGUAGCCUCGAAAAAGAGGUACAGUUUAUACCUUCAUCACAUGUCCCUGGAUGAAAAUUAUGUACAGUUAAACCAUUCCUUAUGGACACCUCUCUAAUAUUUAUACAGACGUCACUUCAAUACGAAUACCUUCUAUUAAUGAUACCUUCAAUCAUGGAUAAUAAAAUAAAUGGAUAGGACUCUCGCUGACGUAAGCAAAAUCAACCUAGUUGCAAUCUGUGACGUCACGCGUAUUGCAAAGUUCUCGGCAUUUUUGUUGUUUCGCUAUAUUUUCCGCCUUAAAAGAGCAAUAUUGAAGCAUAAACCGGUCUAAUUGUUUUAAAAACAUGCCUAAGCCACGACAAAGUAUUCAAGGUAAAUGUUUUUCGUCUUUGUUUUGUAUUUUUUUACAUUUGUAGCUGCGAAAUUGGCGUCCCCAAUUUUAACGAAAUGUGGGAUGCCUUUUUCACUGUUUAGUGCUUGAUAUAUUUGCUAAAAUUGACUGGGAAUACUUAGAGAUUUCAUCGUAGAAUGGCGUAGUUAUAUUCAUUUGCUCUUUGACUAAAAUGUUUAGCUGUAUUAUUGCUAAACAUGCCGUUUUUGAGAAUUUGGUUUGCAACUAGGUUUCAACGUCCAAUCACGCCAUCAGCCCAUUGAAAACAUUAGGUCACGUCAGCUAGUUUCCUAUCCAUUUAUUUUAUUAUCCAUGCUUCAAUACACCUCUCUAUUAAUGAUACCUCUUUAAUAUGGUAACCUCCAUAUUAGUGAUAUCACGGCAACCCUCUAUUGCAGAUACCUCUCUAGUACCUCACAGGCGUUCCUUGCAGGGUAAGGGUAAAUGUUAGGUGUUAUUAAGGUAAUUCCGCAGUUUUGCAUUGCGCACUUUUACUGCGCACAUCUUAUAACUUAUAAUUUCGUCCGCUAUACGUAUAGUCGUAUACCGUUUAAAAAAAUCAUUUUAUGACAAUUUUAUGUUACUUCAAAACAUCUUUGGUUACAUUCGUGCAAAGAAUUACGUUAAAAUCAAUGUUUUCAAAAAAGGCAUACAAAAGUGUAGCUAGGGUUCCAUGUGUCUGUAGUAUAUUUACUUGUAUUCCACGUUUUAAUGCCACAAUUCCCUAAAAAGAUCGGUGACCCCCGUUUUUUAACUGAUCAUUUAUUUCUUUAAUGCAUUUUACAUUUCAUACCCGAAAUUAAAACUAGAGAAAACUCAUUUCUGGAUCUUGAAAAAAAAUCCUUUAUCAAUGCAUGUUCUCCAAGAAAGAUAUGUAAAGAAAUGUGGAAAACUGAUCAUUUAUUUCUUUAAUGCAUUUUACAUUUCAUAUCCGAAAUUAAAAGAAAAAUCAUUUCUGGAUCUUGAAAAAAAAUCCUUUAUCAAUGCAUGUUCUCCAAGAAAGAUAUGUAAAGAAAUGUGGAAAAGACAUUUAUAGAUCAGAAUUGUACACGUUAGUAGUUUCAUUUUGCUCAAAACACAAUAUUUUUUCAAAAAUAAUUACAAGAUAAGUUUACAAAAGCAAAAUCCGCGCUAAAAACGUCGGAAUAAAUAUCGGGCUGUUGUGAUUUUGCUGUUACUCGUAAUGAGCGUCAAGAUGAUGCCAUAUUGGGGUAAAGGUGGUAUAUUGUGAUUGUCAUAUCUUCUUAACGAGUUCGGUGACCCCGACUUUUUUGUGUGAUUUUACUUUAAGUAUAUCAUAAACUCCAUGCCUGGGAAGUUUCAGCACAUUCUCAUUUCGGGAACAAUUACUGCGGAAUUACCUUAAGAGAUUACGACACUGGAUGUGAAGUUUAUUUACAUCACCAACUGACGCCCGUAAGAUAGUCAAACCUUCUAGUAUAUGGAUGCUCUCUAGUAUAUGUACGCUACUUUGAUAUGUUCACCUCUCUAAUACAGUCACCUCUCUAUGACAGGCUCCUUCCCACUGUGCUCAUCUCUUUCAUAUGGUUAGCUUUCCGGAAAUACAACAUCUCUCUAAUACGCUCGUUUUGAAUAAUGUUGAUUUAGGUUGGUCAACGGGAUAUCGCUCUUGAAUCAUCAAGGAGAAAAAACGCAAAUCAACGAAGAAUUCAUCAUGAUAUGAAUAACAAAAUUGAUGAAUUGGAACAACAGGUACAAUGACUAUUGUACUUCAGUUUUGCAUGGCUAGGUACCAAAACUAAACUAAACUAACGUUUAUUGUACUGGGCCUGGUUGUAUAAAUUAGGUCCGGACGCGAUUCGACAACGCGACGCGAUUUUUCGAUUUUCACUGACCGAUAAUUUUGAUCAAGAGUUGAAUUUUCCAAAUAUUUAGAAGCGCUAUAACAUUUGGAGUUAUUUGGUCUACAUAUCUUUCAAAAUCCGCUCUCAUUGACUGUUUUAUUAACUUUCAAAAACUAAAAAAUCGCGUCGUGUUGUCGAAUCGCGUCCGGUGUGUCUGGACCUUAAGAAGGUAGUUAAAGUUAACUACAGUUAGUACGAAAGUUUACCAAUCAAUAUCACCACAAAAUAGUGGUUAAAAAGUAGUUAAGAGUUUUAUACAACUGGCCCCUUGAUGCAAUCUUCAUCGGUUUAAAUCUAUCCGUAGAAAACAAUCUUUUAUUGUUGCAGUGUAAAGCGGGAGGAAAUUUAAACUAUACACUAACUAUAUUUAUAAAUAGCUCCACAAUUCUAAACUGUUCUCCCUAGAGGUUCAUUGAAACUUGAAAGCAACCCCGGAUUGGACAACGGUUCCGUGCUACUACAGAUUAGCCGGUCCGGUUCGACACAGGAUUAUAACGGAGUAUCCGGAGAAAUACUACAGUCGUUUGAGUCAAAUUGAAGCACUCUUGCUUCUGAGAUGAAAUUAUAAUCAAAUACGUGCAUGUUGUAGAAAUAAAAACCUGCCCACGGAGACGAAACACAUGCACUAACCAACACCCCAUCCUGUGCAUAUUUUACUUUUACUGACAAGGAAUGUUUACACAUUUUCCUUCUGUACUUACGCACUUAUAGGCUGAACAACUAAAGACUCAACUGACCGCAGUAGUGGCUCAACUUAACGCGGUGACAGCACAGUCAAAUAAUUUACGCACAUACAAUAACGAGCUGCUACGCAUAGCAGAUGCGUUUUAUACACGUUUUCAAGUUCAAGAAGAAGACGGUCAUGCUUUCCAUGAUGAGCUUCGCGAGAUCGUAAGUAUUAUUUUCUGUUGUUGUAAUCGCUACCCUAACUGCCUUGUAAGUGCGAUGAAUAGUGGAGCCCUUUCUGGAUGCAUGUCCAUGGGCUACUGUAUAUGCAACGUACCCAAAUUCGUCCGGUUUUGUUUCUUCACACGGGAAAUCGUACAGUUUUUAAUCAUUUAAGUAAUUCAGACACAAACGACGGCAGUUUAUUGUAGAAUACUACCUACACUGGCUGGGCCUCCACGUUUGAGAUAUCUUUUUCAGGUAGUUCAGACACAAACCACGACAGCUUAUUGUAGAAUACUACCUACAUUUGACCACCACGUUUGAGAUAUCUUUUUCAGGUAGUUCAGACGCAAACCACGACAGCUUAUUGUAGAAUACUACCUACACUGGACCACCACGUUUGAGAUAUCUUUUUCAGGUAGUUCAGACGCAAACCACGACAGCUUAUUGUAGAAUACUAAGAUUUUGUUGGCAUCUCACUCGAUUCAAUAAUAGUACUAGUUGAAGAGUCUUGUAAAUGGAAUUGUCGAGUGGAAAUUUAUAUACAUUUAUUAGAUCUAACCAGGAACAGCUACGAAAAAUGCAACCUUAGUUCCCUGACAGGAAUUGAACCUAUAGGCCGCAGUUUCAAGUCCUGCGGGACUUGAAACUGCGGCCUAUAGGUUCAAUUCCUGUCAGGGAACUAAGGUUGCAUUUUUCGUAGCUGUUCCUGGUUAGGUCUAAUAAAUGUAUAUAAAUUAUUGUGGAAUACUACACUGUACCUUUACGCUUGAAAUAUAAUUCUCCCACCAAUUGUUAAGCCCUAUGCAUGGGCAUGAGCUUUUUCAUGUAAUCCAACAUAAUCAUAAUUGUUGUUCAAUUCAUUGUUGUAAUAGAUCAAUGGACUACGACGCGACCAAGUACCCCAUGAACCAGUUGUAAGUUUUAUAUCUCGCAUGAUCGUUUAUUAAGAUGAAGGAUUGGGUCAGCGGGCUGUCCCUUUCCGCUGAGUUAAGUUGUCAAACUGUGAGUCGAGAGCAGGAUAGGGAUGGAUCCAGGGGGUGUGCUAAUCACCGAGUGGGUAAUCAUUAGAAGGAGCUAGAGCAGCAAGGCACUAGUUUAUGGCUUGCUUGACAAUUUCACAAUCAUGUUGCUAUCUCAUUUUGUCUCUAUUUCAUUUUUUUUUUUUUUUGUAAUUGCCUUUUCAAAUCCAAAAAUAGAUUUGAUAAAGAACUUGGCACACACACACCCAAUCUCCACCCACCCCCAACCUCAAAUUAACGAAGUCUUGUUGCAAUUUGUCCCUCAUCUGCAUGGAAAUAUUAUUAGCACCGCCCACUCCAUCAACCAACCGACCAACUAACCUAAUUAACUAAGCUGUACAUUAAUUAACCAAUUCUUUCCUUUUUUCUUAAAGGAUAUUACUGUACUCUUUGUUCAACAUGAUCGUGAUGUUCAUGUUCCAGACUAAAAAAAUCAACUGGCGACAUGCAUUGGCGGUGUUUGGCUGUGAACUGAGUUCACUGAUUCUUUCCUUCGCAGAGGCUUUUGAAGGAAAUCAACUUUUCACCAUGGCGUUGGAAGGUACGUGGUGUGAAGACAAUCGCAGGGUCUUCUCCUCUUCCUUUGCCCGCGCCCCUUUAAGAGCUUCUGUGGAGGACAGAGAGGUUGACCGAUAGUCAAUCAAGAUAUGGUCUCGAAACUCUGCAAAGUCUUUGUUCUACUUUUCGUUCAUGCUUUUUAAAGUUGGGAAAAAAGCUUCGGAUUGAUAGGGAUUCAACUACCUGAAAAAUGCAAGGAGAAUUUCGACGUUUCGACCAAAGGCACUCCGUUAGGAAGUUUAUAAAGUUGUGCUCGGAGAAGACGAUGAAUUUUCGAGAUAAUUAAGCAAUCAUGCAAUGGCAGUCAUGCUGUUCAAAGGAUUGAAAAUCUCGAGUGUGAAUUUUAUACAUUUGUUCGACAUAACCAAGAACAGUUGUGAAAAAUGCAACUAUAGGCCCUCCGGCUCUGGUAGGAAUCGAACCCGCGGCCCUGCGAUUCCAGUGUAGCGCUCUAACCAACUGAGCUACAGAGGCCAGUUGUCAAGCUCUAAUCAACUGAGCCACAAGGCCAGUUGUCAAGCUCUAACCAACUGAGCCACAAGGCCAGUUGUCAAGCUCUAACCAACUGAGCUACAGAGGCCAGUUGUCAA